CCAAAAUCCCCUUUCUCUCUCUUCUUUCUCUCUCUUCUAUUCUAUCUAUCCAUUUCUGUUCAUCGCCGACAACCGCCAAUUCCCUCCAUUUCAAAGCAAUUCCUUCCCCCUCUCUCUGUUUUCAGCUUUCACUUUUUAUUUGGAAGGUGGUGAAUUAUUCUUCAUUCUGCUCUUUUGCAAGUGAAUGCUUGUUUUGCUUUUUUGCUUUGUGGUAAGGAGAUUUGUUUAUGACUGCAAAUACUUUGGUGAACAAUGUACAUUUGAGAAAUGUUGCUGCCACAGCUUAAUCUUGAAGGAAGAAGUAUUUAAAUGUGUUAUCUGAUUUUCUGGACUUGAAGGUUGAGUUUCUACCUCAGCGAAUACUGUUUACACCCUUCAAGAAACUUCAAAUAUCAACAGAUUUUAGUUUUCGGAUUGGUUUAAGAUGUCGGAAAUCGACAUGUCGGUUAUUAAACCAGAGAUGAUGAAGCCCUAUAUUUGGCUUCAGACUUCGGAUGGUUCCAUCCAACAGGUGGAACAAGAAAUUGCAAUGUUUUGCCCUUUCAUUUGUCAAGAAAUUAUACAAAAAGGCGCGGGUUCUUCCAAAAAUUGUGCCAUAUGCCUUCCUGAAAAAGUCACUCCUGCUAUGUUGAGUUUAGUUCUUGAUUAUUGUCGUUUCCAUCAAGUACCAGGUCGCUCCAACAAGGAGCGAAAGUCUCACGAUGAAAGAUUCAUAAGGAUGGAUACCAAACGGCUCUGUGACUUGACAUCUGCCGCAGACAGCCUUCAGUUGAGGCCGCUGGUUGAUCUUACAAGUCGCACACUUGCAAGAAUAAUUGAAGGAAAAUCGCCCGAGGAGAUACGGGAGAUAUUUCAUUUGCCGGAUGAUCUCACAGAGGAAGAGAAGUUGGAGCCUCUGAAAAACACAACCGAUGACCCGAGGAUAAGGCUUUUGAACAGGUUGUAUGCGAAAAAAAGGAAAGAGCUAAAAGAGCGUGGGAGGUUAAAGAAUGCUGAAUUAGAAGGAGAGCAUGUAGAUGAACGCUCCGUUGAUGACCUCUUGUCUUUUAUUAAUGGAAAUGAUGAAGAUUCAAAAGGGUCUAAAACUUCUAAGAGUAAAAAGAAAAAUAGAAGAAAAAAAGAGCAAAAGAAGAGCUCUCUUUUGACUGAAGUUUCCAAACCGAAAAAGGAGUUAAGUGAUUAUAGUUCUGUAUCUGAUAAAAUCGCUGGGACCUCAAAUAAUCAUACAGAAGAUGACACUUUUAGUCAUAAAGAGUUUGAUGAUGAAGAUGAUGGAGAUGAAGAUGAUGAGAUUGAUCCUGCACUACAGGAAAAAAUUGACAGGGAAGUAGAAGAUUUUGCCCGCCGUUUAAAUUCUGACUGGCCUGAAAGGAUGCAAGAAUUUUUAUCAUCAGGGCAAGAAAGGAAGUCGACGCUUUUUGCUACCAACGGGAAUGGUCUUCUGAGGCGAAAUAUUUGAAAGGACUGGACUCAGAAUGGAAAUGAAUAUGCACAAGCCUUACUCAUCUGGCCAACGGCUGGAACAAUUUUGAGAGUUGCUGACAAACACUAGAAAAGUGUGGCAUGUCAGUCGUUUUUAUUUUUCCGAUUUACUCCCUAACUUUAUUCCUGCACUUCAUUGUUAGUGCUUAGUCCAGGCGCAAUUUGAUGCUGCUGGGGGCUGUCUUAUUGUACUUUAUACGAAAGAUUCAGAAAUAAAAACUGUUUUCUGAGCUUGUAA